AUGCAUCUCCCCAACGUCUCCUUACUCCCCAUCUCCCUCAUCCUCUUCUCAGCCACCCAAACUCUCGCCCAAACAUCGACAGACUGCGACCCAACCAAGAAAUCCUGCCCAGCAGACACCGCACUCUCCGAGUCAGUUUACACCCACGACUUCACCACCGGUGCCGACGAUGAGAACUGGAAGGUCACCGCUGGCGAUGUGAAGUACACAUCGAAAGGAGCGGAGUUCACCAUCAACAAAGCCGGCGAUGCACCCACCAUCCAAUCGAACUGGUACAUCUUUUUCGGCAGCGUGAGCUUCGUCAUGAAAGCUGCGCCCGGCAAGGGCGUAGUGAGCAGUGCCAUUCUGGAGAGUGACGAUCUAGAUGAGGUAGAUUGGGAGUGGCUAGGUGGACAACCCGGGAACGUACAAACAAACUACUUCGGCAAAGGCAACACCACAACCCACGACCGCGAAGUCGACGCCCCAAUUCCCGACACCCAAUCAACCUCCCACAACUACACCAUCGCCUGGACCUCCACCUCCACAACCUGGCUCGUGGACGGCACCCCAAAACGCACACUCUCCUACUCCGACGCAAACGGCGGCUCAAACUACCCGCAAACCCCCAUGAACGUCCGCAUCGGCAUCUGGGCCGGCGGCGACCCCAACAACGCCCAGGGAACCAUCGAGUGGGCGGGCGGCGAAACGGAUUACAGCGCUGCGCCUUUUACAAUGGUGGUGGAGAAGGUGGAGGUGAGGAAUCAGAAUCCUGGUUCUAGCUAUCAGUAUGGCGAUUUGAGUGGGUCUUUUGAGAGUAUUGUUGUUGAUGGCGGGGAUGGGAAAGUGAAGAAGAGUGGGAGUGAGGAUGGUGGGGAGAAGAGUUCUAGUGCGAGUAGUUCGGGGGUGAAGACGGAGGCUAGUGCUAGUGCGAGUGCGAGUGCGACGGUUAAUGUUAAUGUGGAUGGGGGUGUGGGCGGGGAGCAUGCGAUGGAGACGGGGAAUGUUACGGGGAGCGCGAGUAUGGCUAGUGUGACGCCGACGGGAAGUGCGACGGGUAGUGCGGCUGUGGCCGAGCAGACGGGUGAGUCUGGUGCUGUGGUGGGUAAGAGUCUGAGUGGAGGGCUCUUCAUGCUGCUAGGGGCCAUGGCUGUAAUGCUGUAG